GAUCGGAGCAGCGACGGUAAACGUUCGGUAGAAUGCGGAUGAGGGACGAAGUUAAUCAUUUAAUUGAUUAUUUACGCAUCAACAAUCGCGCGUCGCCGAGUCCAACGGAGGACGUGAAAGUCGUUCCUUUGUGAAAGAAGAAGCAACAACUUAUAGGUCCUAACAACUCGAAGGGCUGGCUUCGUGAGAAAGACAGAUUCUCUCAUUAAGUUUACCGAGGAGACCAAUCUGUCCGACCUUUUAUUCGCUAGAAGCACCAUGGACAGCUCCGCGUCACCUCCCUCCCCAAGACAGCAGCGCACCCAGCCAGCAGCCCUGCAGCAGCCCGGCCGCUGGUAGGAACACCACCCACCCAGCCUCCACCUGUGUGCUGCCAGGGACUGCUCAGCACCGAGCCUCCACCUGUGGAUCUGUUUGCGCUGCACACAGCCGUACCCCGCGGCCGUAUCGUCCCUGUUCCAGAAGCUUCCAGAGGAACAUCUGGUGUUGAGGAACCCCCACCGUAGAGGAACCCCCCCGGACAGACCUCCAUCAUGUUCCUCCACAGACGCUCCCCGACACCACCCCAGCCUCGCUGCUCCUUCUCCUGCCUCCUCCUCCUGCUCCUCCUAGCAGGCCUCAGCCCCACCUGCUCCUCCUCUUCCUCCUCCUCCUCCUCCUCCUCCUCCAGCGACGCCCCGCCCACCCCCGGGCCCCCGGCCAACUGCUCCGAGGAGGAGAGCUGCUCCGAGGGGGUGGUCCUGCCCACCUGGAACCCCCUCAACCCCUCGGUGGGCGACAAGGUGGCGCGCGCCAUCGUCUACUUCGCCGCCCUCAUCUACAUGUUCCUGGGGAUGUCCAUCAUCGCAGACCGCUUCAUGUCCUCCAUCGAGGUCAUCACGUCGCAGGAGCGCGAGGUCACCAUCACCAAGCCCAACGGCGAGACCACCACCACCACCGUGCGCGUCUGGAACGAGACCGUGUCCAACCUCACGCUGAUGGCGCUGGGCUCCUCGGCGCCGGAGAUCCUGCUGUCCGUCAUCGAGGUGGUGGGCCACCAGUUCCAGGGCGGCUCCUUGGGUCCCAGCACCAUCGUGGGCAGCGCCGCCUUCAACAUGUUCAUCAUCAUCGCGCUGUGCGUGUACGUGGUGCCCGAGAACGAGGUGCGCAAGAUCAAGCACCUGCGGGUGUUCUUCGUCACGGCCACCUGGAGCAUCUUCGCCUACAUCUGGCUGUACCUCAUCCUGGCCGUCAUCUCCCCCGGGGAGGUGGAGGUCUGGGAGGCCGUGCUCACCUUCCUCUUCUUCCCGCUGUGCGUGCUCCAGGCGUGGAUCGCCGACCGACGCCUCUUCUUCUACAAGUACGUCAACAAGCGUUACCGUGCCGACAAGAAGCGCGGCAUCAUCAUCGGGACGGAGGGCGACGGCGUGUUCACCAAGAUGGACCUGGAGAUGGACGGCGGCCGCGGGGCCAACUGCUACUCCGACCCCAAGGACGUCCUGGACGGGAUGCUGGAGGGGGUGGAGGAGGGCGGAGGAGGCCUGGACCCGGGGCAGGACCAGGAGGAGGAGGCCCGGCGGGAGAUGGCCCGCACGCUGAAGGAGCUGAAGCAGCGGCACCCAGAGAAGGACAUGGAGCAGCUGAUCGAGAUGGCCAACUACCAGGUGCUGGUGCAGCAGCAGAAGAGCCGCGCCUUCUACCGCAUCCAGGCCACGCGCAUGAUGAUCGGGGCGGGCAACAUCCUGAAGAAGCACGCGGCCGACCAGGCCCGCAAGGUGGUGAGCUGCCACGAGGGCAGCGGCCAGGAGGAGGACCCCCACACCGUCUACCUGCAGUUUGAGCCGUCCCACUACCAGUGCUUCGAGAACUGCGGCUCCCUGAAGCUCUCCGUGGGGCGCCACGGCGGCGACACCGGCUGCACCGUCAAGGUGGACUACCGCACCGAGGACGGCACGGCCAACGCGGGCUCCGACUACGAGUUUGCGGAGGGCACGCUGGUGUUCAAGCCCGGCGAGGCGGUGAAGGAGUUCACCGUGGGCGUCAUCGACGACGACAUCUUCGAGGAGGACGAGCACUUCUACGUGCACCUCAGCAACCCCCGCGUGGCGCACCGCGCCGAGGUGGCCACCCUGGAGCCCGGCGCCAUCACCUCCGGCGGCGGCCCGACGGGCGGCGGCCUGGCGUCCUACGUCCAGCCCAAGGCGGCGCUGGGCUCCGCCCACUCCGCCACCGUCACCAUCUACGAUGACGACCACGCCGGCAUCUUCACCUUCGAGAGCGGCGCCAUGCGGGUGAGCGAGAGCGUGGGCAGCAUGCAGAUCAAGGUCCACCGCACGUCGGGCGCCAGGGGCAAGGUGGCCAUCCCGUACCACACCAUGGAGGGCACGGCCAAGGCCGGGGAUGACUACCAGGAGGUGGCCGGCAAGCUGGAGUUCCAAAACGACGAGACCAUGAGACUGCUGGACGUGAAGAUCAUCGAUGAUGAGGAGUACGAGAAGAACAAGACCUUCAUCAUCGUGCUGGAGGAGCCCAUCCUGCUGGAGGUCGGCCAGAAGCACGGGGACUCCAACGAUAACAAGCCGAUGGUGGACUUGGUGGACGUGGCCAAGAUGGGCUGCCCCAGCCUGGGGGAGCACGUCCGCCUGGAGGUGGUCAUCGAGGAGUCCUACGAGUUCAAGAACACGGUGGAUAAGCUGAUCAAGAAGACCAACCUGGCCCUGGUGGUCGGCAGCAGCAGCUGGAGGGAGCAGUUCGUUAGUGCUGUCACUGUGAGCGCAGGUGACGAUGACGAUGAGGACAGCGGCGAGGAGCGCCUGCCCUCCUGCUUCGACUACAUCAUGCACUUCCUCACCGUGUUCUGGAAGGUCCUGUUCGCCUUCGUCCCGCCCACCGAGUACUGGGGCGGCUGGGCCUGCUUCCUCGUGUCCAUCUCCCUGAUCGGCGUGCUGACGGCCGUCACCGGGGACCUCGCCUCGCACUUCGGCUGCACCGUCGGCCUCAAGGACUCCGUCACCGCCGUGGUGUUCGUGGCGCUCGGGACCUCCGUCCCAGACACCUUCGCCAGUAAGGUGGCGGCCAUACAGGACCAGUACGCCGACGCGUCCAUCGGCAACGUGACGGGCUCCAACGCCGUCAACGUGUUCCUGGGCAUCGGCGUGGCCUGGACCAUCGCCUCCGUCUACUGGAGCUCCCGCGGGCAGAAGUUCCUGGUGAACCCCGGCUCGCUGGCCUUCUCCGUCACGCUGUUCACGGUGAUGGCGGUGUGCUGUGUGAUGGUGCUGCUGUACCGCCGCCGGCCGGGCGUGGCGGGGGGCGAGCUGGGGGGGCCGCGGACUGCCAAGCUCCUCACCCUCGGCCUGUUCCUGUCCUGCUGGUUCAUCUACAUCCUGCUGUCCUCCCUGGAGGCCUACUGCCACAUCCCCGGCUUCUGA